AUGCGCGGAGGCGCCGCUGCCGUCCCCCGAGCACGUUGCCAGAGCGUGCUUGGCACGGGAGUACGGAGCUGCCGCGCCGCUGCAGCCCCGGGACAAACGCAGCCCGCGGGUGCUCGCUGCUGCAACGGCCCCGCCCCUGGCGACAAGCCCCCACCUGGGGACCGCGGGGUGCAGAGCGGCUGCGCCCCUCCACGGUUUAAUUUCCCCCCCACUCGGACACGCUCCGACCGGGACCGCGACCGGGACGCCCGGGAACGGGACCCCCGCGGCUCGAACCGAGACCGCGACCAGGACGCCCGGGAACGGGACCCCCGCGGCUCCGAACGGGACCGCGACCGGGACGGGGACCGCGACCGGGACGCCCGCGGCUCCGACCGCGACCGGGACCCCCAAGGCUCCGACCGUGACCAGCACCCCCGCGGCUCCGACCGGGACCUAGACCGGAACUCCCGCGGCUCCGACCAGGACCGCGACCGGGACCUCCGCUGCUCGGACCCGGACCGGGUUCAAGAACCCGGCGACGGGACCCCUGCGGCUCAUACCAGGGAUCGGGACCGAGACCCCCGGAACCGGGACCCCCGCAGAUGGGAGCCGAGACCCCGGGCACCGGGAGCCCCGCCGCUCGGGACCGGGACCCCGGGCACCGGGGACCGGGACCCCUGUGGCUAACGACCAGGACCGGGACCCCCAGGAUCGGGAUCCCCGCGGUACAGGACAGGGACCCCGGGCACCGGGACCCGCGCAACUCGAGACCUGGACCGGGACAGGGACCCCACAGACGGUGACGCCCGCGGCUAGGGACUGGGACCAGGACCCUCGGAACCGAGACCCCCGCGGCUCGGACCAGGACCGGGACCAAUACCCCUGGACCGGGACCCCCGCGGGUCAGACAGGGACUAGGGCCAAGGCUCCGGGACCGGACCCCCGCGGCUUGGACCGGGACCGGGAUUCUCGCAGCUCAGGACUGGGACUGGGACCACCGGGACCCACGUGGCUUGGACCGGGACCGGGACCAAGACCUCCGGGGCCGGGACCCCCACAGCUC